CCAUCAGCAGACAUGAUGAGUGUGACGUUGUGUCUGAUGUCAGUCCUUUUUGGAUGGCUCUCUCUAUGCACUGGACAGCAAGAUGGAAAUGAAUGUGCAUUAUCCAAUGCUAAGACGUGUGGACAGUGUAUCCAGGUGGGAGAGCAGUGUGGUUGGUGCACGGAUAUCAAUUUUUCAUCCAGUCGGUGUGAUGAGGUUGCGUCUCUGAUUAAAAAAGGUUGUUCUGAAGCCAGCAUCGAAAACCCCCAUGGAAGUGUCCUCAUUAACAAGGACAAACCCGUCACCAACCGUCAGAAAGACGUGGCCGAGAAACUGAAGCCAGAUGAGAUCACGCAGAUCCAGCCUCAGAAGCUCACGCUUAACCUGCGUUCAGGUGAGGCACAGAAGUUCUCUCUGAAGUUUAAGAGGGCGGAGGAUUACCCCAUAGACCUUUACUAUCUCAUGGACCUCAGCUACUCCAUGAAAUCCCAUCUGCAGAACGUUAAGAGGCUUGGAACUGACCUAGCUCGCGAGAUGCAGGGCAUCACCUCAGACCUCCGAAUCGGUUUCGGGUCAUUCUUAGAGAAGAUGGUCAUGCCUUUCAUUAUCACCACUCCCCAGUGGCUGGAAGAUCCCUGCGCCCCCUUGAAAUGCAUGACCCCUUUCAGCUACCGGAAUGUUCUGAGUCUGACCAGUAACGGCCAGGAGUUCUCUCGCACCGUCAGUGAACAGCGGACAUCUGGAAACCUGGACUCCCCAGAGGGAGGGUUCGAUGCCAUCAUGCAAGUGGCAGUUUGCAGGGAGAACAUCGGAUGGAGGAACGUGACCCGUCUGCUGGUUUUCUCUACGGACGCUGGCUUCCACUUUGCUGGAGACGGAAAACUGGGGGGGAUCGUACGACCCAACGAUGGAAAAUGUCACCUGGAGAAUAACGCUUACACCAUGAGUAGUUACUUUGAUUAUCCUACUAUUUCACACCUGGCUGACAAACUGAGUGAAAACAACAUUCAGACUAUUUUUGCCGUGACAGAAGAAGUCCAGCCUCUAUACAAGGAACUGUCCAAGCUCAUUCCAAAAUCAGCUGUUGGAGCAUUAUCUGUGAACUCCUCAAACGUCAUCCGGCUGAUCAUCGAUGCCUACAAUUCUCUGUCGUCUGAGGUGAUUCUGGAGAACAGCAAGCUGCCUGAGGGCGUGGCCAUUUCUUUCCUCUCCCACUGCAAAAACGGACGCAGUGAAACUGGAGAGAAUGGGAGGAAAUGCUCAGAUAUCUCCAUUGGAGAUGAGGUGAUGUUUGACGUAGCGAUCACAGCUAAGGGUUGUCCGGGUCAGGGUAAAUCAGAGACCAUAAAGAUCAAACCACAGGGCUUCACAGAGGAGGUGGAGAUCGUUCUCAACUUUAUCUGUGAGUGUGAGUGUCACGAGACCGGAAUCCCCAACAGUCCCCUCUGUCACCAUGGUAACGGCAGACUGGAGUGCGGCGCCUGCAGGUGUAAUGAAGGCCGCGUGGGGAAAAGUUGUGAGUGCAGUACAGACGAGGUAAACACAGAAGAUAUGGACGCCAACUGUCGCAUGAAUAACGGAACAGACAUCUGCAGUAACAAUGGCGAAUGCAUCUGUGGAACGUGUGAGUGUAAGAUGAGAGAGAACCCAGCCGAGAUCUACAGCGGCAGGUUCUGUGAGUGCGACAACUUCAGCUGCGAGCGGUCCAACGGAUCACUCUGUGCAGGUCACGGCCGAUGUGAGUGCAGGGUGUGUAUCUGUGAUGCUAACUACACAGGCAGCGCGUGUGACUGUCCUCUGGACCCCACCCCCUGUCUGGCUGGGAACGGUCAUAUCUGUAACAGGCGUGGCACAUGUGAAUGUGGCGUGUGCAAAUGCUCCGACCCAAAGUUCAAGGGUCCGACCUGCGAGAUCUGCGACACGUGUCCUAAUGUUUGCAUGGAGAUCAAGGACUGUGUAGAGUGCCUUGCCUUUAACAGCGGCGUGAAAAAGGACACGUGUGCUCAGGACUGCAAUCUGUUUAAGAUUACGAAGGUGAAGGACAAAGACAGUCUUCCUCGGCUUACCGACCAGACCUGCAAACAACGGGAUGUCGAUGGCUGCACACUCUACUUCGCAUUCUCUGCCCACGGAGACACGCCCACCGAGGUGUAUGUGGCUGAGACACGCGACUGUCCCGUUGCUCCUGACAUCGUUCCCAUUGUGGCGGGCGUGGUCGCAGGCAUUGUUCUGAUUGGUCUGGCUCUGCUGCUUAUUUGGAAGCUGCUCAUGAUUAUUCAUGACCGCAGAGAGUUCGCCAAGUUCGAGAAGGAGAAGAUGAAUGCAAAGUGGGACACUGAAGUGAAUCCAAUCUACAAGAGCGCAGUUACGACAGUGGUCAACCCUAAAUAUGAGGGCAAAUGA